GUAUAACUGUGAAUUAAGUUUGUUUCUGGUGAAAAAACGAGAUAAGGACUCAAAUGACUAGUAGAUAAAAUAAAAUAAUAAUAUACCAGCGCGGUUUACUAGACUUGAUUUUACUUAAGUUAAUUUUACUAUUAUUAUUUUGUCGCUGUUGAUAGUUUCGAUGGUUUAUAAUAACUAUUGUACACUGUAUCGUAUGAUUGAUUGUAUUAACUGUUACCUCCAAUCAUGAAAGGUACCAGUUUUUCGGAAUCGGAACACCCUGGACAGGCUACAACCAUUUUAACUUACAGAGGCAUACCUCAAAGAUGGCUGCUGGCCGUAAUGGCCAUGUUGGGCGUGACAAUGGCGUUUAUGAUGCGAAUUUGUUUGGGCAUCACGUUAACGCAGAUGGUGAAACCCGUGGAAAACGUGGCUGUGAAAGGCUUAGACUAUUGUCCAAUGGCCGAAACCGAGUACACCGACGACGGCAACGGUACAAGAACUGCUGUCACCAGUGGAUACAAUAACGAACACUUUGAUUGGGACGAAGAGACGCAAGGGUUGGUGUUGUCGGCUUUCUACUACGGCUACGUGAUCACGCACGUGCCAGGUGGACUAAUGGCCCAAAAGUACGGUGGCAAACAUGUACUGGGCUUGGGCAUACUCUCCACAGCCGUACUUACGCUAAUCACACCGGCGGUGGCUCGGUUGGGAUCCAAGCAAUUGAUCGCUUUGCGGUUCGCCGAAGGACUCGGAGAAGGCGUGACGUUCCCGGCUCUUUGUGCACUUUUGGCUUUGUGGACGCCACCAGGCGAAAGAGGAAGACUUACGACUUUCGUGUUUGCAGGCGUACAACUGGGAAACGUGUUGGCGAACUCGCUGAGCGGAUACAUUAUCUAUUACACGUCUGGAGGUUGGCCAAACGUUUUCUAUUUCUUUGGUUUCACGUCGUUGGUAUGGUUCUGUGUGUGGUGUUGUACGGUCUACAACGAUCCGCAUUCACAUCCAUUCAUUUCUGUGGAAGAACGGAAUUACUUGUGCCAAACCAUCGGAGGUACUCAGAGAAAUUGUAAUUUGGCACCAACACCGUGGAAAUCUAUUCUGACCUCGUGGCCGGUCUGGGCGUUGAUCGCGGCUGAAUCGGGACACGGCUGGGGCGUUUACACGGUCAUGACCGAUUUGCCUAAGUACAUGAGCGACGUAUUGCAUUUCUCGGUAAAACAAAAUGGUAUCUACUCGUCCGCCCCGUACAUAGCUCAAUGGAUAACGUCUAUAAGUUCCAGCGUACUUGCCGAUUGGACAUUGGAAAAAAAAUACUUGGACAUCACCACAGUCAGAAAAGUGUUUGCGGCUAUAGGUAAUGUGGGACCAGCAUUGGGAGUGAUAUGUGCGUCGUUCGUCGGGUGCGACGGUGUGGCCACCAUUAUAUUCUUCACACUUGGCAUGGCACUAAUGGGAUUUUGUUACCCGAGCAUCCGGGUCAACACUUUGGACUUAUCUCCCAACUAUUCAGCCACCAUUAUGGCAUUGGUCAACGGCAUAAGUUGUUUGCCCGGUGUAGUAUCUCCCUACGUGGCGGGCAUCUUAACGACCAACAGAACCGUUUUAGAGUGGCGUGUAGUGUUUUGGAUCAUGUUUGGCGUGAUGAUAACUUCCACGGUGAUCUAUUCAUUACUAGGCAGUGGCGAGCAGCAAAUUUGGGACAAGAACUACAUUCAAAUAGAAGAUCCGGAAACCCCUAAACAAUUACAAAAUGAUUCUAAACUAAAAGAAACAGACUUCUUACUCCUACAGAAGACAUAAGUCCUGCGAUAGAGCAAGUUCGAUUUUUUCGUUGUUACCCAACAGCCUAUAAGGGCGUGUAACCUAUUUAAAUAAUGUUAAUAGCCAGAAUCCGAAGGGUUUUUUUUUAGAUAUGUUUACACGAAUGAAAUGAUUCUAAAUCGUUAACAGUCAUAAACGAAAAAAUUAAUAACCUGUGUUUUUAAAAAAUUGAAAAGCGUAGUAGCUAUUAGACAGAGUAUAAUAAAUCAAGUUUAUAUAAGUCGUAAAAAAAGUUUUGUUUUUAACAAAAUUAACAUGACCCCAAACCGUGUUUUAAUAAUUAAAUAAGCAUUUAAAUUG